CUCCUCCCACCCGCCUCUCCAACGCAACCCCCGACAUACCCCGCUGGCAUGUCCUGGUCAAUCCCCCCAGGCUUCGUAUGGAUCGCCCUGAACCUGCCCCGGCUCCUGUUCGCCCCGGCGCUCGCAUACAGCGCCCUACGCGCCCUCCGAACCUACAAUGACGUGAACCUCCCCACGUGGCUGAACGUCAUCAUCUGCACCUCGGCUCUCCCGGUCUUGUUCACGGCCAACGUUCUCUACUCGGACUGGCGCAUCAAGCGCGAUGCCGCUGCGAGAGGCGCAGUGUUCCCGCCUACGCCACCGGACAAGCUGCCCGGAGGGAUCGACAGGCUUCUCCUGGCCAAUCGUCGGUUUAAGAAUGGCUAUCAAGCGGAGAUCUUUGCGAAUCUGACCAGGGAAUAUGGCCCUACCAUCAACAUGAGGCUACUUUGGGAAAACCGAUUGAUCACAACCGAACCCGCCUACAUCAAGGCCAUCUUAGCCACGCAGUUCAACUCUUUCCACAAAGGCCCAUUCUUCUUUGACCAAACCAGCUCGCUUUUGGGACUGGGUGUCUUCAACUCGGACGCGUUUCCCGCCAGAUUCCACCGCUCGAUGACCCGCCCCUUCUUCAGCAAAGACCGCAUCUCGCACUUCGACGUCUUCGACAAGCAUGCCGAAGACGGCCUCAGCCAAACCCGCACCCGCCUGCGCGAGGGCCACCCAGUCGACUUCCAGGACAUGGUAUCCCGCUUCACGCUCGACUCCGCGACCGAGUUCCUCUUCGGCAAAGACGUCUGCUCGCUCUCCGCCGGCCUCGUCUACCCACCCUCUGUCUCCGGCUCGGCUGCGUCCGCCGCCGCGGACGACCACCCCGCGAACAGAUUCGCACACGCGUUCGCCGAGGCGCAGAGCGCGGCUGCGCAGCGGGGGAUCUGGGGCGGUGCGUGGCGGCUGCGCGAGUUCUGGAAGGACGAUGUGAAGGAGCACAUGAAGGUGUGCCAUGGGUUCAUUGAUCCGAUCCUUGAAGACGCGCUCGCGCGGAAGCGGGAGGCGCGCGAGAAGGGGCUGGAUCAGGGGGCCGAGAAGGGCGAGGUUCAGGAGGGGGAGACGUUGCUCGAGCAUCUGGUGAACUAUACUGAAGAUCCUAAAAUCAUCCGUGACGAGAUCCUGAACAUCAUGAUCGCCGGAAGAGACACUACCGCCUGCACGCUCACCAUGGCAGUCUACAUGCUCUCUCAGCACCCAGAUGUCCUGCGCCGCCUUCGUGAGGAGAUUCUCACCAAGGUCGGCUCGUCUCGUCGCCCGUCGUAUGACGACAUGCGUGACAUGAAGUACAUGCGUGCUUUCAUCAACGAGGUCCUGCGCCUGUAUCCUCCUGUCCCUGGUAACAUCAGAACCAGCACAGAAGCAACCGUAUGGCCUGGCGUCAACGGCAGACCUCCAAUCUAUGUUCCUCCCAACACCCGCACACCUUACUCCGUCUUCCUGAUGCACCGCAGAAAGGACCUCUGGGGCCCUGAUGCCGACCUCUUCGACCCCGACCGCUUCCUCGACUCGCGCCUACACAAAUACCUAACGCCCAACCCGUUCAUCUUCGUCCCCUUCAACGCCGGCCCGCGCAUCUGCCUCGGCCAGCAGUUCGCAUACAACGAAACAUCCUUCUUCCUCGUGCGCCUGCUGCAGAUGUUCUCGAGCGUCGCGCUCGCCGAGGACGUGCAGACGCUGCCCCCGCCGGAGUGGGCUAAGGCCGAGGGGCGGCAGGCGCUGGAGAAGGUGGUGAUCAAGAGCCAUCUGACGAUGUACGCGAAGGAUGGUCUGUGGGUCAGGAUGGGCGAGGCGAGCCCGGUUGAGGUGGUCUAGCCUGGGUUUGGUUGAGCAUAGACGUAUCGGUGUGAUAUCUGGUUUUGGACUCGAUCUAGCAUCCUUGCUUCUUUCAUGUAAAAUAACAUAUAUCUACUUAUGUACUUGGAG